CGCCAUCGUCCACGUGCCAGGAGGGUGGCCGGGCAGGCUGCCGUCUAGGCCAGGCUAACCCUUCUGGUGGGCGUGGGUGCCCCCAGGGCCGGAUGCGCUUGUGCAGAAGCCCGUCUCUGAGCAGCAGCCAAGCUGCGGGGACGACCGUCCCGGGUGAGCGCACAGCCUGCCUCCGUCCACAUAUAAUCACCCCGGGCUGUGGCGCGCAGGAGCUCGGAGGAGCCACCAUGGAGACCAGGCUGUCGUGCACCGACCUGGGCGCCCUCGUGGUGCUCUGGGCGCAGGUGGCAGCGGCCAUGGUGGACCUGAACCGGCAGAAGAUUGGAGGAUUCUGGCGGGAAGUCGGUGUGGCCUCUGAGCAAAGCCUGGUGCUGACCCCCCGGAAUCGGGUGGAGGGCCUGUUCCUCACCUGGAACAAGAGUAACCUGACUGUGAAGGUCGCAUACAAUAGCUCAGGAAGCUGCGAGAUAGACAGGGUCGUGGGCUCAGAAAUAGACACUACAGGAAAAUUCACUUUUCCUGGCCACAGAGAGAUCCAUGUGCUGGACACGGACUACGAGGGCUACGCCAUCCUGCGGGUGUCCCUGAUGUGGCGGGGCAGGAACUUCCACGUCCUCAAAUACUUCACUCGGAGCCUGGAGGACGAGGAGCGGCUGGGGUUCCGGAGUUUCCGGGAGCUGACAGCAGACACCGGACUCUACCUGGCAGCCCGGCCUGGGCGCUGCGCCAAGCUCCUGAAAGAGGAGCUGAUUUAGUGGAGUUCCUGCCUCAGGCCAGGAGGCUUGGAGCCCCCGCCCACCUGGCUCUCCUGGGCACCCUGCCCUCCUGGUCGCCUGCACCUGCUCUGAAUAAACUGUGAUGUCAA